UAAUGACAGCAGACUUUGUCCAUCAGUCCCCAGCUACAGUCAGCUGACGGCUGCUGCUGACUCAACAGCCUCUACUUGUUGCUGACUGAGAGGAAACGGUGGCUGUUGAGGGACUUAUUUCAGACAUGUUUUGCUUCUGCAAUCCUGAAACAGCAUAAAGACGCCUGUCAUCCUGCUGCAGCACUGUAUCCUGUUCUAUUUGCCUUUUUCACCACAGGAUCCUUGUUUGGAUCCGAGGGCUGCGGUCACGAGUUGCUCAUGACACACAGUCAUUUCCUGCAGACUAGCACACUCCUGCACCUCCUGUAGCCUGCUGGGAAAAGGAGGCUGGAUGUGUACAUGUGUGAACCCCUCUUCCUGCACAGUGUGCUUUGUUACCCUGACACAAAAUGCUUUCCUUGGAGCGAGUGAAGCGGAGCUUGGAGAGCGCAGGGCAGUCUCACGUCCUGCAGUUCUGGUCGGAGCUGAGUGAGGAAGACAGGGAGGGUUUCCUCCAGGAGCUGUCUCAGCUGGAUCUGGACGGGCUGAAGGAGCACUGCGAGGGGGCUACGAGGGCUGCAGCCUCCCCGUCCGCCAGCUUGGAUCAAAACAUCGAACCGGUCCCUCCGGAGUUCAUCGGCAGCGUGAGGAGAAGUGACAGGAAGUCUCUGUCAGAGUGGGAGAAUGAAGGGCUGUUGCAAAUCUCAGAGAAUCGAGUUGGAGUCCUGCUGUUGGCUGGCGGUCAGGGGACGCGUCUCGGUGUUCAGUAUCCCAAAGGGAUGUAUAAUGUCGGGCUACCAAGCGGCAAAACCUUGUAUCAAAUACAAGCAGAGCGUAUUCACAACAUCCAGGAGCUGGCAGGAAGAAAGCAUGGCUCUAAAUGCACCGUUCCAUGGUACAUAAUGACCAGCGAGUUCACUCUGGCUCCCACUGAGAAGUUCUUCAAGGAAAACAACUACUUUGGUCUGGAGCCAUCAAACAUUGUUAUGUUUGAGCAGAGGAUGAUCCCAGCAGUGACCUUUGAUGGAAAGGUCAUCCUGCAGGGUAAAGGGAAGAUCGCCAUGGCCCCAGAUGGGAACGGUGGUCUGUACAAGGCGCUGGUGGACAACAAGGUGCUGGAGGACAUGAAGAAGAGGGGAGUGGAGUACCUGCAUGUGUACUGUGUGGACAAUAUCCUGGUCAAGAUGGCCGACCCUGUGUUCAUUGGGUUCUGUGUGAACAAAGGGGCUGACUGUGGAGCCAAGGUGGUGGAGAAGGCCUGCCCUGCGGAGCCGGUGGGCGUGGUUUGCAGGGUGCAAGGAGUCGCACAGGUGGUGGAGUACAGCGAGAUCCAACCAGAGACGGCUGAGCUCCGGGAACCUGGAGGGGAGCUGGUGUACAGCGCGGGGAACAUCUGCAAUCACUUCUUUACCAGGGCCUUCCUGCAGGAUGUAGCAGAGAAAUUCGAAGCCCAACUGAAACAGCAUGUUGCCAUCAAGAAAGUGCCCUUUGUGGACACAUGUGGCAAUCCCGUCAAACCCACCAAACCCAACGGCAUAAAGAUGGAGAAAUUUGUUUUUGAUGUAUUUCCAUUCUCAAGGAGCUUCGUUGUGUUUGAGGUUAUAAGGGGGGACGAGUUUUCCCCCCUGAAAAAUGCAGAUGGAGCAGCCACAGACAGCCCCACCACAGCCAGGAACUCUCUGCUGGCCCAGCACUGCCGCUGGGCCACGGCUGCAGGGGCCACACUGUUGGAUGAAGAUGGGAAUGCCCUUCCUCCUACAACCAGUGUCUCAGCAGGGAACAAUCCUCCAGCACAGUGUGAGAUUUCACCACUGGUCUCCUACUUUGGAGAGGGACUGGAGCCGCUGCUGAAGGGGAGGACACUGCCAACUCCCUUCAUUCUGGAUGAAAAAAGGGCCAAAGAGCUGCAGGCUCAGUAACAUUUCUCUCAUUAAUAGAAGAUUGUGUUAUUCCAGUACAACGGACGGGGUACGAGAAUGGAGACUGCAGCCCUGCAUGCAUGUGAUUGGGUAGUUUCAGCCCACGAAUGCACAAUUGUUCACAUGAAUGUUGUACGUGAAGAUAAUCAUUUCAAACUGCCAUUUCUCUCAUGCAUCUCAUGUAAUGUGUCUUUGUUGAGGAGGAGCUACAAAUCAUGUAAUGUGAUCUCUUGAAAACUAAUGAGGCAAAUAAGGGAUUAGCUAUGACUUUGGGUAAUUUAUAUAAACACAAAAUAUUAUCAAAAUA